GAAGCUAUCUGGGAUUUUACAGGUGAUAGAGUUGCUGUGUAUAGUUUUGCAGGAAACUGACUAUUUGCUGUUCUCUUUUUCUUAUUUUAUUUUGCUUCUGUUUCCCCACUUGCUGCUCUUUUUUCAACCACUACGCUGGUCUGUACCUGUCAACAGCUGCUCUUGGCCAAAACGCCCAGGUGUUGCCUCAUUGCCGACACAAAUCCCACCAACAGCAUUUUUAUAGUGGCAUAGAUCUGUGUGACCGGUUUUCACCAUGGCAGAGCUUGAAAGUCAUGUUACGGUCAAGCAGCGUGCUUUUUAUUCCCCACCGUGGGCUGAUUUGAGCAUCAUUGCUGUGGCUGGAAGUUCUGGUUCAGGCAAAUCGACACUGUCACAGGCCAUUGUUCGCAAGCUGAACUUGCCAUGGGUCGUUAUUUUGUCAAUGGACUCCUUUUAUAAAACAUUGACGCCGGAUCAAUCAAAGCUGGCUUUUGCCAACGAAUUCGAUUUCGAUUCUCCCGAAGCUAUCGAUUUUGACAUCUUGGUUGAGGUCUUGCGUGACCUCAAGGCCGGCAAACGUGCCGAGAUUCCCGUUUAUUCGUUCAACAAGCAUCAGAGACUUGAUCAAACGACCUCCAUUUACUCCCCUCAUGUUCUCAUUUUGGAGGGUAUCUUUGCUCUCUAUGACCCUCGUGUGCUUGAGUUGCUUGACAUGGGUAUUUAUUGCGAAGCAGAUGGCGACACAUGUUUGGCAAGACGAAUCGUCCGUGACGUUCGCGAGCGUGGCCGUGAUGUUGAGGGCUGCAUUAAGCAAUGGUUUGCUUUUGUUAAGCCAAACUUUGAAAAGUAUGUUGAACCUCAGAGAAAGACUGCCGACCUCAUCGUUCCCAGAGGUAUCGAAAACCGCGUUGCUCUUGACAUGAUGGUUCAGUUUAUAGAGAAGAAGCUUUUCGAAAAGUCGACACAUCAUCGUGAAGCGCUGGCUAAGUUGGAAGACGCUUGCAGAGAGCAGCCUUUGUCGGAGCGAGUUGUCGAAAUCGGCGGCACACGCCAGAUGCGCUUCAUGAAUACUAUCCUGCAAAAUAUCGAUACGUCACCAGAGGAUUUCAUAUUCUAUUUUGAUCGUCUGGCAUCUCUCAUCAUCGAAGAGGCCUUGAAUAAUGUUCACUUCCGAAGUCUCACCAUCACAACACCCCAAGGACACAAGUACCAUGGGCUGGCUCCUAAGGGCGAAGUCAGCGCAGUUAUUGUGCUCCGCGGUGGCUCUGCUUUUGAGACUGCUCUUGGCAAGACUAUUCCUGAUUGCCGAACUGGCCGCGUCCUGAUUCAGUCUAGCUACAAGACUGGCGAACCUGAGCUGCAUUAUCUGCGACUCCCGGAUAACAUUAGCGAGCACGAAAGUGUGCUGCUACUCGAUACGCAAAUGGCAACUGGUGGUGCCGCGCUGAUGGCUGUCCAAGUGUUGGUUGACCACGGCGUAGCCCUGAACCGCAUUGUCCUAGCAACGUACUCUGCCGGAAGAGUCGGACUACAUAGGCUCAUGACCGUCUUUCCGGAGAUUACUGUUGUGGUUGUAAAUAUCCUAAGAGAACCUGAUCAGCGUUGGAUAGAGAAGCGCUACUUCAGAUGCUAAUCCGUUGGGACCUGUGUUGGGUAUAUGCUUGUUGUAUAGGCUAUAUAUAUGUGAGAUGAAUUGACGAUUAUACAAGACUUACCCUUCGUUUUGAAUAAUAUUCAUUGGAAUAUACAUUGAUAGCCACCUUAACCCGCAUAAAAUGCUCUAAUAAUAGACCCAUUGCAUCCAUGUGAACAAGCUGUGCGGUAGAUGUUUG